AUGGCGCGACCAUACGCCGCGCCGACAAGACUGCACGCGGACCUCUCCGCCCUCGGUGUCGAGCGGCUCACCAUGCCCACCGAGGAGCGCAUCAACGCGCUCCUGCGCCCGUCGCCCAAGACGCCGGUCACCUACCUCGCCUCGGAGCGGAAGGUGCUGGGCGCGGCCGCGCCAGCCCUCUCCGACUCCAUCUCGCGCGGCGAGGUCGUGAGCCGCCCCGCUUCGCCGUGGCUCUUCAAGCCGCUGCGCAAGUCGCAGGCCUACGCCACCCUCCUGACGACGGACAACGCCGACUACUUCCGCGGCGCCCUCGUGCUCGGCUCCUCGAUCCGCUCCUUCGACUCGGCGCGCGACAUGGUGUGCCUCGUCACGUCGUCGGUGCCCGAGGAGUGGCGCUCCGCCCUCACCGUCGCCGGCUGGACCGUCGCCGUCGUCGACGAGGUUGCCGAGUUUUGGUUCGGAAAGUCGGAGGAGUGCUCGAGGUUUGACAAGGACCAGGGCGAGCGGUGGGGCCACAUGGCCACCAAGCUGCGGCUGUGGCAGCAGCUCAAGUACGAGCGCAUCCUCUACCUGGACGCCGACACGGUCCUCACCGGCGACGCCUCGGGCGCCUUCGACAAGGUCAAGGGUUUCGCCGCCGAGCGCGCCCGCUUCCACUCGUACUUCAACGCGGGCGUGAUGAUGCUGUCGCCGUCCGAGGCCACCUACCAGGACCUGCUCGCCGAGGGCAGCAAGGAGCACAAGAACAAGUUUGGCAACGUGAUCGACUGCACCGAGCAGGCCCUCCUCAACUCGUACUACGACGGUUCCACGCCCGAGCGUGGCGUCACCAAGCUCGCCAUCGGCCGCGCCGACGUGGCCAACGACUGGCAGGCUGCCGGCGCGCCCUUCGCGGUGCACUGGAUCACGCACUCGUGCCCCAAGCCGUGGGUGGUGGCCGACGGCGAGGUGGCGGUGCCGUCCGACUGCGACGCGGUGGUGUACGCCUACUGGAAGCGCGUGUGGGACCGCCUGACCUCCUCGGCCACCGACGAGUCCUCCAAGGGCAGCUUUGGCAGCCGGAACGGCGCGCGCCGCAUGCUGCGCCGCCUCUCGGGCGUCAGCGCGGGCCACUCGAUGGCGCACAAGCCGACGCUCUCGGAGCUCGCCUCGGACGUGCACACGAGCAUCGGCCGCCAGCUCCGAGAGGUGAUGGCCUCGAGCCGCCACGGCCACUCGCGCAUGCUCCGCCGCCGCCGCUGGAAGCGCGACGCUGAGUACGACUCGGGCUGGGGCGAGAACACGAUCGCGUGGAUCGCGAUCAUCGGCACGCUUCUGCUGGGCCUCGGCGCGGGCGCGCUCCUGCACAAGCUCUUCAUCAAGGCGCCGGUCGCCGUCUCGAAGAACAUGACCGUCGUCCAGGCCAAGCGGAUGGGCUUCCAGGCGCUGGGCGAGGGCAAGGGGCCCGUCGGCGUCGUGAGCGCGGUGGACGACGACGACGAGGAGGAGGAGGAGGAGGAGGAGCCGGUCAAGAAGUAG